AGUUCUUUGCAGCAGCAGCAACAGAGAGACCGUCUUCUAGUGGAUUGCUGUGCCAGCAACUAUGGCUAAUAAAGGUCCUUCAUAUGGAAUGAGCCGAGAUGUUCAGUCUCGUAUUGAGAAGAAGUAUGACGAGGAACUAGAGCAACGUCUAGUGCAGUGGAUCAGUUUGCAGUGUGGUGAUGAUGUCGGAACACCAGAACAAGGAAGGCAGGGGUUUCAACAAUGGCUAAAGAAUGGCCUGGUUCUCUCAAAGCUGAUAAACAGUCUCUACCCAAAGGGUUCCCAACCAGUGAAGAUCCCUGAUCCCCCUCCCAGCAUGGUAUUCAAGCAGAUGGAACAGGUGGCUCAGUUCCUGAAGGCAGCUGAAGAAUAUGGGGUGGUUAAAACAGACGUAUUCCAAACUGUAGACCUUUAUGAAGGAAAGGACAUGGCGGCUGUGCAAAGGACAAUUGUGGCACUUGGAAGCAUUGCUGUUACAAAGAAUGAUGGUCAAUACAAAGGAGACCCAUCUUGGUUUAUGAAGAAAGCCCAAGAACACAAACGGGACUUCUCUGAAGAGAAGCUAAAAGAGGGAAAGAAUAUCAUUGGCCUGCAGAUGGGGAGCAACCAAGGAGCCACCCAAUCUGGGAUGACAGGAUACGGCCGCCCAAGACAAAUUAUAAACUAAAUUUGGGAUAAUUUCUAAUAUAACCUCUGUGCUGCCAUAAAAGCCUGCAGAUUCUAGCCCUAAAAGCAAAGAGGUUAAUGCAUACAGCACAUCUAGAUACAUCUGAGGUCUCACCAUGUACCUAAUCAGAAGGAAAAAUUAUCUAAACUCUCCUGUAACAGACAUUUGGCUGGGGCUUUUGAAGAGUUUAAUCUGUCAGGUCCCCUUGUAAAACUGUAUGCUAUGUACGUCUGAAAAAAUGCUUAUUACAUAUUUCUUUUUUAAACCUGUUAAGGGACUUACCAAUAGUGGAUGUGCAGAAAUCACACCAUCCAACUUUCUUCCUUUAUGGACAGAUUAAAGCCAUGCACUGUUGCUGCGUCCCUGAGGACAGGUUUAAAGACACUUUGUUUAGUAGGCAGUACCGUAACUCUAUAGUAGCAGCUACUUCUAUUCAUAUUCAUGUAUUAAAGGCUUACAGUGCCGUCUACUUUACCCUUGACUGGGUUUGAUUGACUCAAUAGAUUUGUUGCUGGGUUUAACUGACUCAACUUCUCUGCAUACGUUUAUAAAUAAGUUUGUUUUUAUAACUGCAAACAUUGUCUCACCAAGUAAAGCUUCUCUUAUACUGUGCAUGCGCCAUUACCGAUCUACACUAUACAAUGUAGUCACCUCUCUUAAUGCCUAUUAUAAAAUCCAUCUCAUCUCUACCCCACAACUCUGUUAAAACUAACACUAAGAAGUUGAUUUAGGAAUAUGGCAAGCUGUCUAUGUAUGAGUCUGCCUUAAUCUUCUCAGAGAAAUCAGAUUGCCUGCACAUCCCACUAUUAAUGGCACUCCAAA